AUGAAAAUAUAUGACGUCAUUUUCGGAAAAACUACCCCUCGCUCUAUUUUCAACAGACAAUCCUGUAGCAGUCCACUCCCUCCCCUUGCUCAUCUACGCCACCUUCAACUUCCCCCCCCCUCCCCCCGAUCCCGGAUUAUCCCAUUAUUCCGGAUACCAGCACUUCUCUGCUUCUCUGCUUCUCUGCUUCUUCUCCUCUCCCCCCUCCAAUCCAAUAGUGCUACCAUGACGUACUUUUGUAUUGGUGUACGUUAUGAUCACAUGUUUUAUAUAUUAAUACAUUAUGGUCAACUGAGUUGGAAGAGAAGCCCAACACCAACCAGAAACACAAUGCCACCAGUAUCUGCAUCCAAGGCUAAGAGAGACGCCAAGAAAGCUGAAAGAGAAGCUAAGAAGAAGUCUGAAGGUAAGACUAUCAGAAAGCUAGGUAAGAAGAAGGAGGCCGGUACCGAAGAGGAUGCUGCCGAGGCUGCCGCUAGAGAGAUCGAGCAAUUGAAGUUGCAAACCGACAAGGACGGUCUGUCCGACCGUGUCACCACCGGUGUGCUGGACUCUCUAGAGACCUCUCGUGAUAUCAAGAUGUCCUCUGUGUCCUUGCUUUUCCACGGUAAAGUGCUGAUCCAGGACUCCAACUUGGAAUUGAACUACGGUAGACGUUACGGUCUGCUGGGUGAGAACGGUUGUGGUAAGUCCACUUUCCUAAAAGCCCUGGCCACCAGAGAAUACCCAAUCCCAGACCACAUCGACGUAUACUUGUUGGACGAGCCAGCUGCUCCAACUGAAUACUCCGCCCUAGAGUACGUUGUCAGAGAAGCCCAAAACGAACUGAAGAGAGUCGAAGAUUUGGUCGAGAAGAUUAUCCUGGAGGAUGGUCCUGAAUCUGAACUUCUAGACCCACUGUACGAAAGAAUGGACGGUAUGGACCCAUCCACUUUCGAGUCCAGAGCAGCCGUCAUCCUGAUCGGUCUGGGUUUCAACUCGCAAACUAUCCUAAAGAAGACCAAGGACAUGUCCGGUGGUUGGAAAAUGCGUGUCGCUUUGGCCAAGGCCUUGUUCGUUAAGCCAACUCUGCUAUUGUUGGAUGACCCAACCGCGCAUUUGGAUUUGGAAGCCUGUGUUUGGUUAGAAGAAUACUUGAAGAGAUUUGAUAGAACUUUGGUAUUGGUCUCCCACUCCCAAGAUUUCUUGAACGGUGUUUGUACAAACAUGAUCGACAUGAGAAUGCAAAAAUUGAUGCAAUAUGGUGGUAACUACGACUCUUACAUCAAGACCCGUACCGAAUUGGAAACCAACCAAAUGAAACAAUACAACAAGCAACAAGAAGAAAUUGCCCACAUCAAGAAAUUCAUCGCAUCUGCUGGUACUUAUGCCAACUUGGUCAAGCAAGCUAAAUCUAGACAAAAGAUCCUGGACAAGAUGGAAGCUGACGGUUUGAUUCAACCUGUGGUUCCAGACAGAGUCUUCUCCUUCAGAUUCCCUCCUGUGGAAAGAUUGCCACCUCCAGUCUUGGCCUUCGAUGACAUUUCUUUCGCCUACGACGGUAACCCAGAAAACAACCUAUAUGAGCAUUUGAACUUCGGUGUUGAUAUGGACUCCCGUACCGCUUUGGUCGGUCCAAAUGGUGUCGGUAAAUCUACACUAUUGAAGAUCAUGACCGGUGAGCUAAUGCCUCAAUCCGGUCGUGUUUCCCGUCAUACACACGUUAAGUUGGGUGUUUACUCCCAACACUCCCAAGAUCAAUUGGACUUGACCAAAUCCGCUCUGGAAUUCGUCCGUGACAAGUACUCUAACAUCUCCCAAGACUUCCAGUACUGGAGAGGUCAACUAGGUCGUUACGGUUUGACCGGUGACGCUCAAAAGGUUCAAAUGGGUACUCUAUCCGAAGGUCAACGUUCCCGUGUCGUCUUCGCUUUGCUAGCUCUAGAGAACCCUAACGUCCUACUACUGGACGAACCUACUAACGGUCUAGAUAUCCCAACCAUUGACUCCUUGGCCGAUGCCAUCAACGAGUUUAACGGUGGUGUCGUCGUGGUUUCGCACGAUUUCAGACUGUUGGACAAGAUCGCCAAGGACAUUUUUGUUGUUGAAGACAAGACCGCCACCAGAUGGGACGGUUCUAUCUUGGAUUACAAGAAGAAGCUGGCCAAGAACGUUGUUUUGUAA